AAUAUCUCUGAGCCUCCUGAUACUGCUCAAUCCUUCCCUAAUUUCCAUGGAAGAGCAUCCAUUUAAUGAGGUGGAUUGGUGUGAAUUUGGGGCCUCAUUGUGCCCUUCAAAUCAACCCCACAUUGCUUGUCCACACAACGGGUUUAAACGUUCACACUGCCCUAAGAAAGUUCGGGUAAAUUUAACAAAAACCUUCAAGAAGUUAAUUCUUACUAAGCACAACACCUACAGGAACCUCGUGGCUGAUGGAAAAGCUUUGAAUUUCAGCAGAAAAGCUUCACGAAUGAUGGAAAUUACCUGGAGUGAUGAACUUCAAUUUAUUGCUGAAAAGCAUGAGGAUUACUGCAGUGUUCUCUAUGAAGGUUGUCGAUUAAUUCCCGGAGUUGGAAGAGUUCUACAUCAUCAGGAAUUUGUUAGAACUUCCAGACUGAGAAUUGAUGUUAAGGGCUUCCUUCGAAAAUCCAUUGAUGGGUGGUUUUCAAUGCAUGAGUACUCUCACGUCGGUGAGAGCCUCAAUGGACGAUAUUUGGUCGUAAAGACUGAUCAACCAUUUCGUGAAAAUUUCAUUUCAAUGAUUCAGGAAAAUAUCCAAAGAAUGGGAUGUUCUUAUGUGAUCUAUGAAAUGCAGAAGAAGAAGAAGGAGACGAUGUACGGGCAUCUCCUGACGUGCAACUACGCCGGGGUAGGACAGGAGGACAUAGGGCAUGCCUUUAAAAUUGGAAAACCCUGUUCUGAAUGUGAAUCCGUACAGAGUCAUUGCAGCAAGAAGUACCUCAAUCUCUGUAGAGAAAAUCCUCCAGUUCCAAUUAAUUCCUCCAACAAAAUAGACUCAGAGGGAUGCUUUGAAAUUAACAGCGAUGAUUUGAACCUUUCCAUUAAGAUUAAUCUUCUGAAUCAAUGGGAAAUGAUUGAAGAAGAAAAUUCAAGUGAAAUUUUAAGAAAAUCUACGGAGAAUGAGCUUUUUUACAGCACAACAGUUUCACCUGAAGAUACAGAGUUCUAUUGGGCAUCAAUUGAUCUAAGCUUCGGUUUUGGCUUUAUAAUUCUCAUCCUACUUAUCAUUAUUCUUUGA